AUGCGGCUCUCUACCAUCGAGUGGACACUGUUGCUCCUGCUCGCUGCGGUCAAGCUGGUAGCAUCCCAAGCUCUGCCUCAGCUCACGCCCCGACAGCUGGCGGUAAACCAACUCGUCAACGCCUCUCGCAUUCUCGCUCAGCAGACAAUCGCCGACGACUCUCCCGGCCACAUCUCGAUUCGCGACCCGCUCGCGCCCAACUUGGCGUUCCUCAUCACGGCCGGCACGCACCCUGCGGCCCAGAUCACGCCAGCCGACAUUGCCGUCGCGCGCAUCAACGACAGCAUCGUCACCUCUGCUGCGCUCUCUGGCUACCCAGCCCCCGCUCGCCCCGCCGAGAUCUUCCUCCACUCAUCGAUCUAUCAGCGUUUCCCCAACACCACUGUGGCCAGCAUCGCCUUCUAUCGCCCUGAGCAGCUGCUGCCCUACACGAUGUUCCCUGACAAAUCGUCCAACGCAUCGGCGGCCGACGCGACGGUGUCGGACAUGACGAGUCUCUACGCCGCCACGUCCGGUGCAGCCUUCAUGGGCGGCUACGCUGCGCCGGUGUUCGACGCAUUCGACGCGGAGCCCGCCACCAUCACGCCAUCGGUUGAUAACGUGGUGAAGGGCUUUGCGCUGGCACAGAAGUUCGGGCCCGCCAACGCCCGUGCCGGGUCGGUCAACGAGACGGACGGCUUCAGACCUCUCGUGCUCAUGCGUAACGACGGAGCUACGGUCGUCGGGACUAGCGUACCAGAGACGGUCUUCCGGUUUGUCAAUGCGGUCAAGAGCGCCAGGGUGCAGUGGCAGGCGAGUGCCAUGGCGUUUGGGAACGGGAGCAGGCCGCUGUUCCUGCCCAAUGCAGCGGCCAAGGCGAACGACGCCUAUCUGAGGAGCUGGCUGCUCUGGAUGACGCAGAUUGAGGAUAGCAUCAGAGCGGACGAGGCGCGCAGCCCUGAGCUGUGGGAGACGGACGAUGCCAAUUCGACGACUGGCGAUGGCGGCGGAUCGUUGGCAAGCGGCGCUGUUGCGACUCUGCUCGCUCGUCCUCAGACAGUCCCCAUUGCGACUGCUGCUAUCUUGCUCGCCACACUGCUCUGA